CAGGAAGUUUACGUACCAGUACGUGUACCUACAGAAAGUCAGUACUAAAGGGAAAUUCCUAAUACAGAGCAGCCGUAUUUAUUCCUUGUUGGAGGUGUAUGGCAUUGUUCAGCUCAAGAGCACUGUAACAUUAUUUAUAUAUUUACACAGCAUACUACGAAUACCGCAAAGACCAAGCAUCACCAACAAGUUCGCUGCCUCACAAUGUCGUCCUGGAGAUCUGCUGGAAUUUCAUACGUCGGCUACUCAGCCGUAGCCGCGCGGUGUGUGCGUCGCUGUCUGAAGCCCAACGACAAGGUGGAUGCCGUCAACGCCGCCAAGGACCUCAUGAAGAUCCGUGCGUACAAGUGGGAGAACGGCAAGGCCCCCGAACAGCCUGAGCUUCUCACACGUGGAAAUCUAGCCUAAGCGCAUGUGCCACAAUUAAGGCCACUCUCGGCUGACAAUAAAGAAGAAUGAGGAUGAAGGUUUUGGCGCUACAGCUGUACAUAUGAUCUCUUGUUUGUUCUUUUCUGCUGAUAUGGCUCAUGCACAUCUCAGCUUACUCGUAGUCGUAGCGGUGUACGUUGACCAAGGUCUGUAUUUAGCACCCCUGAAGUAUGUCCC